GAUCCCGCAAUUUUCCGCCAGUGUCAGACGACGGCGCCCGCCUUUCUGCGCCCAUAGUCGGUGCCUCCGCCGACUACUUUUCCCGGCCUCUUCCCAGUAACGAAACACGAAAGAGCAAAGGGCGUGCCAACGAGCAAGCGAGCAAAGCAAGCGAGCGAGCGAGCGAGCGAGAGAGAGAGAGAGAGAGAAAUACUUGGAAAUAGCAAAUCUCUCUCACACACGCACACACACAGGGGGGAGAGAGAGAGAGAGAGAGAAAGAGAGAGAGUUGUGAAUAGCAAAUCGCUAUGGCGGACGACUACGAUGGCGACGAUGCCGGCGAUGUUGGGUACGAUGAGGAACCUGACACAAUGAUUGAAGAGGACGAGAUGGAGCCGGAGGAACAGGAAGGCCGGGGAGAUAUGGACGAACCCGUCGAAGAAGGAGAUAGGGAAAUGGAACCAGAGUCUCAGCCGGAGAGACGGCGGGUUACAACGAAAUAUAUGACCAAAUAUGAAAGGGCGCGUGUAUUAGGAACAAGGGCAUUGCAGAUAAGUAUGAAUGCCCCCGUGAUGGUUGAGCUUGAAGGUGAGACUGACCCGCUUGAGAUUGCUAUGAAGGAGCUUCGGCAACGGAGGAUCCCCUUUACCAUCAGAAGAUACAUGCCGGAUGGCAGUUAUGAAGACUGGGGAGUUGACGAGCUCAUCAUCGAAGACAGCAAUCGCAGAGAUCUCUAACUGGAAAAGCAUCACCCGGAAAAGGUGAGGGAGAGGAUCAACAGACACACCAUCGAUGGGCACGCGGGCCAAGCAUGCGGUGUACUCUUUGUACGUCUUUGCGAGUUCUCGUCUGUUAAAAGACUAGUACCUUUGCCGUCCAGUUUCGAGAAGUUUUAGCCUGGUCCCGAACUUUUAGGAGGCCGGGUACCUUUGCCGUCCAGUUUUGAGAAGUUUUAGCCUGGUCCCGAACUUUUAGGAGGCCGGGCUGCCGUUGAUAAACCUGAUCAACGGCUGUCGUUUCAUUUCGGUCUCCUGAAAGGUCGUAGGCCCAUUCACUAUUUUCCGAACCGACAAUGGUACUAGUGCUUUAUAAAGAACGACGGGGCAGCAUCAGUGGUUGGCCGAGCAUACAGACUAAGAUAACGCAGCUGUGAAUGUACUGACCACAAGAAGGAAUGAGUGAGAAAGGUGCCCUGGCAUGUCUUGCGGCUUUUGUGUGAUUUUGAAGAUGAUUGAAAGGACUAGCAGUGGUUCGGAGAGCAUACAGGCUGGAUAACAUAGCUCUGAAUGUAGUGAGCACAAGAAGUAAGGAACGAGCGACGAAACGCAAAGCUGUGAGUGUAGUGAUCACAGGAAGGAAUGAGUGUGAAAGGUGCCCUGGCAUGUCUUGCGUCUUUCUGAUUUUCUGAAGAUGAUUGAAAGGACUAGCAAUGGUUUGGAGAGCAUACAGACUGCAUAACAUAGCUGUGGAUGUAGUGCGCACAAGAAGGAAGGAAGGAACGAACGAGUGACAAAACACAAAGCUGUGAAUGUAGUAGUGAUCACAGGAAGGAUUAUGAGUGUGAAAGGUGUCCUGGCAUGUCUUGCUUCUUUUUUCUGCUUGUGAAGAUAUGAUUCUGUAAGAGUUUUUUUUAUCAACUUUCAUUAUGGGAUUUGUGUUCGCAAAAAAGACACUAGAACUUGGCACAACAAUGCUAGAGUACGCUCUUCUCAGAAAGAAGAUCAUGGUGUUUUUGGAAUAGAGGAGACUUGAACCAGGUUAUGUGGUUUAGGAGAGAACCCCGAGUGAGGUGCGGCGUGUUGAUCGUCGUAACAACCUCCAUCAAGGACUUAGGCUAAGAAGAGUGUUUGCGGCGCCUAGCGAUUUUUGUAGAGAGUUUUAUGAGGUUUCACAUAUUCUAGUAGACGCUUAGACUGUUCUCCACCUUGUGGGAGAAAGGCGGCAGGGAUGCCUAUGCUUGUGACUGUCAUCAUCCUUUAUGGCCCAUGAUGGUCUGUAGAUUGACCAUUUCCCAUUUUACUAGGGGUUGGGAGUGUGGUCCUCUCAUGAGGGGUUGACUUUUGUGGUGGUCGUUAGUGUUUAGCAUGUGGGUCAGAUGUUGUACUUGCAG